UUUAUACGAAAAAACUACAAGUUUGGCCUAAAAACAAUGCGACAGCCAAUCAAAUUGCAACUUUUCCGUAAGAACAGGAGUGUGCGUUUCUCUGUCUCACGAGAAUAAAAAAAUUCUAUAGAAUCUCGGGGGUUCCGAUUUCUCCUCCCUUCCCGCUUUAGCCAGUUACGCCACUGCGCGCCCGUUGCGCGCCUGCGCGGAGGAGACCGGGCGCCCAUCGCAGCAUAAUUCCCCGAGUUUACGGCCAGCCCGACGGUGUUCGUGGACGGAGCGAGAGGUGGGCCGCUGCCGUGCUCUGCGUUUUUUCUUCCCGCAAGAAUACCUGUGAUUGAACGGUCUCCCGAGGUGUCUACCCUUCCGCCCGCUCACCCGCUGCGACGAUGUACCGGACCUGCCGGAACGGUUUCUGAAGGCGACGCGGGCAGGGUACGCUGUCCCACGCGCGGCUGCGGUCGGUGUUCCGCUUCCCCAUCCCGGUCGGGCGAGCGCGUCCACGCCGAUACGUGCGUGUCGCGCCACGAUGGCCCUCAGCCAGACCAGCGUGCUGAAAUUAUACAACACUGUGAUAGAAGAUGUAAUAUCGGGAGUGCGAGAGGCAUUUAUAGACGAAGGGGUGGACGAACAGGUUCUCCAGGAGCUUAAGCAAAUAUGGGAAACAAAACUGAUGGCCAGCAAGGCCGUGGAAUUGAAUCCAGAUCCACCAGAGCCGCAAGUUCCUCAAAUCAACACGCACAAAGCUGUGUCCGUCAAUAGAGCUAAUGUAGGAAAUCAUUUUGUACAACCAUCUGCUGGAAAAAUAGUGCCGCAAACGCAAACGCAACCUCAACCUCCACCUCAACUUCAACCUCAACCUCACCCUCAACCUCAACCUCAACCUCAACAACAACCGCAACAGCAGCAGCAGCAAGCGCAAGCACAACCACAGCAAUCGUCGCAACCUCAGCAACAUACGCAUCCUUCCACGGGAACGACGUUGCAGCAGCAGCAUUCGACGACACCGCAACAAGUGCAACAAGUGGUGACCGCCUCGAGUGUGCUUGAACGACAAGUGCCGAUACAGAUCACCUUACCUCCACAACCCGGCGUUCCGGACGGACCACAGCGGAUUUUAAGCAUACAAGUUCCUGCAUCUGCUCUUCAAGCAAACCAGCUACAUACGAUUUUAACUGGUCCGGUAAUUUCCGCGGCUAUGGGUCUUCCAGCGAAUUUAGCUUCGACUCUGUUGCAACAGCACGUGAAUUCUACGCUGCAAGGACAAGCAACGUUAACUCCAUUGCAAGUAAAUCAGCCUCUUCAAGUGGUCACACAAAGUACAAACAGCGUUGUCACGCAAAGGCCGCCUCAAAAUCAGCAGCAAAAUAAUAUAAAUCAGUUAGACGGAGGAGUAGGUGAUUCUACUGACGAUGAUGAUGAAGAGGAAGAAGAGGACAAUGAUGAUGAUGACGAGGAUAUCGAUGAAAAAGAGGAGGAAGAGCAUGAUGAGGCAGCGGCUCGUGAAGAGGAACCCCUUAAUUCCGAAGAUGAUGUCACGGACGAUGAUCCCGCUGAUCUCUUCGAUACUGACAAUGUAGUCGUCUGUCAGUACGAUAAGAUCACAAGGAGUCGAAAUAAGUGGAAGUUUUAUCUGAAGGACGGUAUAAUGAAUCUAAGUGGGAAAGACUAUGUGUUUCAAAAGGCAAACGGGGACGCUGAAUGGUAACUUUAGGUGCGAUGUGAAUAUCGUGUUGCCCACAGUAAGCUCGACUCAGGGACACUGCGUGUAAAGGCAACUUGAUAAUGUGUUCACGUGAAACCACAUUUCUAAUAUGGAGAUAUACCGACAAUCUCUACGACGAUUCUUCUACCGAUUGCGCAAAUUUGCUGCAAGUGGAAAUAGCAGUAUAGGGGAACAAUGGCGAAUGUCAUCACAUUAUCACAAAUAUCGUAUUGUACAUUUUGUGUUAUAUCGUUAGCCCUCUGAAAGACAAGGGGAUGCUUGAGAUGUUCAGGUACGCCGAUUUUACUUGUCGAAACUAGAUAAGUCGCGAACUUAAAAAAUGUUGAUAUGUUCCUUUUUUAAGUUUUUUUUUUUUGCGUUCUAAUUAUUGUCAGUCUUGAAUAUUCUUAAUUAUUUUGUUAAUCUUUUACUUAAGGAAAUUCAAGACCGAAAGUUGGGUGUAGAGGGCUAAUAUAUAUAUGGUUUUUAUGUAGUGCAAAUUUAUGAAUAUACAAGUGUAUAAAACAAUUAUACAAGGUCUCCUACUGUUAGUCGUAUGUUACUGGAAACUUGCUUGUGGGCGCCGAGAUUCUUCUAAAAAAAAUCCACGACGGAUUAGUUAGCUUUUUCUAGAAAAUGAGUAAACUUUUAUUGAAGCGGAAGUGCGUUAUGUAUAUAUAUUGACCCCGAAUAAUAUAUAUGCAUAUUGACGAAAGCACCAUAUCGAUUAGUGGAUCUAAAACCACUAACAUCAUGGACAAUGAAAAUCCAAAAAACUAACUCUAUAGAUAUAUACAUAAUAUAUAUUAUAUACAUAUAUAUUUUGAAAUCCUCAAUUAUGAACUUUUUCACGUGGAAGGAAGUUGAAAAACUUCCGUUCUCUAUUUGUGAUCUGAAUACAGAACGAGAUAUCGUAUGUGUGUUUGAGUUAAAAAGUUUUAAGGGAUUAGUAAACUCUACGGUUCAUGUGUGAUUUGGAAUAAUAAAUGUGUCUUACUGUUGCCAGCAUUGACAAGUUCAUUUAUCAAGAGGAAUGAAGAACAAUUCAGCAUUUAGAAGAUCUAUCGGCGUGUUUCAUUCAGGAAGUUUAAAUUGCUCUGGAAGCAACAAAACUCGAUCUUUAUAAACUUCUGUUUUAUUUCCAAAUUUACAGAGUAGCUUAGUAUUAUUAAAUGUUUAUGAAAUUUCUCUUUUAACUUUUAGAUUUUUAUGUAAUAUUUGACAAAUGCGUAUUUGAAGCUGCCAUUAAAAUUAUUUUAAUUUGCUUUCAGAACAGUUUAAAUCGCCUUAGUCAAGUAAGUUGUAAGAGAUUCAUGAGUUAGCAAAUUUUAUGUUAUUACACGCGCCUUAACGAUUAAACGAAAUCAGUGCCGUGAACGUGUUUAUAAAAAUUUAUUCUUAAAUUAUAAUUUAUGAGUGAAAAUUGUUUAGUUAGCUUAAGAUAGUUGUUUAAUUUGAAGAACGACGAUAUAUAAACAAGCUUGUACGAAACUCGUAAUGUGAUUGUGAAUAUGCCAAAAUAGUGUGCAAUUUUUGUAUUGUAUCUGUUUGCUGAAAACGUCCCAUGCAUUGGCAUAUUUUUACAUCCGGACGAUUUAUUUUAAACAAUCAGCACAUCACAGAUCUCUAAUUUGAGGUUACCAAAAAGGAGCAUAUAUUUUAUGAAAAUUUUGGUGAAAAUCAUGCAUCUUGUAGAAUAUGAUUCAUAUACAGGGGCUGAGUCCGCAAAAAUAUUACGGUAUCUGCGUUAUAUUGUUCGUCGUAUGCCUUAUAUAUAUUCCAAGUUUGAUUUAUAAAUUAAACUUCUUGGAAUUUGCAAAAUAAAUGUUUCACAACAAAA